AUGCGCCGAGAUAGGUUGCUCUUUUGGUCGUAUGAAAAGGGGCAACGGCUUUCGCACAAGUUGCUUAAUUCGUUUCUUGUUGCUUUCGAGACCAAGCCUAUGCUUAAGAAUAAGGGUCCUUUCUCGCUGGGCCUGAACGCUUACCUUAUUAUUUUGAAAAAAGGGAAAGAAAGAGGCAACCAACUUGAGUCAAAGGGAAGAAGUAUAAGACAAGAGAUUCCUAGCUCUCACUUCAUCCAACCGCAGGUUAUAGAUGAUGGAAGAGUUAUGGAAAAGGAAGAAAUUAAGACAAUUUUGAAACCGGCUGCGAUUGCGAAACGGAGACCAGCCACACUCUCGGUCUUUCCUUCCACAGAGACAAAGCCAGCGGUAUCAUAUGAUCACAACGCGCGCGCACACAGAAAAAGCAAAGGUCGAAGAAUAGCCACCACCCAUAUGGAUCCCCGAUCUUCCUAUUUCCACCGCACAAAGUACGCCAAUCACCCCUCUCCUACUCCACCUCCUCCUCCUCGCUACCCUAGUAACCUUAAUUUCCACCACCAUUCCAACUUCCUUGCACCACCUCCCCCACCACCUCCACAACAACUCCGUCCACCGCAAACACCUCCUCCUCCACCGGUUUCUCAUCAAUUCGACGAUGAUCGUCAACCGCGGCGUCGUUUACCCGAAUUCAAUCCCCGUGUUCAUGAACCCCGACCCGAUUUUAGGGUUUUGCGUGAUGAUCGGCAAACUAGGCAUGUAUUGGUAAGUAAUCCUAAUCCUAAUUCUAGAUUUAUUCAGGACUGUAGUGUUGUGAUUGAUCGUGAGAGUGAGCACUAUCAUCGUCGUGGUGAGUUUGGAUCGAAUUCUGAUAGAUCUUCUUCUAGUGAUUUUCGAACUGUAUCGAAUCAACUGAGGGGUUUCGAGUCUAAUUCGGGGAAUUUUGAGAAUAGGCGCCGUUUGAAUUAUGAUUAUCACGAGAAGGGGAGUGACAACCAGAGAUGGUUUCAUGACAGAGAGGUUAUCGGAGAACCGCGUGAUUCGUUGAUUGAGUUCGGGAGUAAUGAGAUUGGUGAUGGUGAAAAUAGGAUUGUUACUGGGAAACGUGAGCAUUAUAGGUGUAGAGAAGGGAAUUUGGAGUUGGAAAGGCAUGGUGGUAAAAGAAGCAGAGAGGGUAGUUAUGAGUUUAAUAGGACUCCAAGGAAGCAGGUACAGAAAAAGAGUGCUCUACUUAGGCUUCAGCAGCCUAAUUAUAGGAAUAGAGAGGAUGAGAGAGUGCCUUAUUCCAGUUAUGUUGAUGAUACCAAAUCUAGUUCUUUUAGAGGUAAAGAUCAGGAAUCAGGUUUUUUUAGAGGUAAAGAUAAAGAUAAAGUUUCAUAUACAGAUCGUGGGAUGGGAGAGGGAGCAAGAGAGGGAAGCCCUGUAGAGCUUGAUGUGUCUUUUAAGUCUAAUUCAUUGGUAGCCAAGGCAAUUGUGACGUCUACUUCAAGUUCUGCGGGUGCUUCUGAAACGAAUUUGACACCUAGGAAUAGUAAAGUGAGGAAAGUGCUGGUCCCCGCUAAGGAUAAGGAUAGUUUGAAUUCAUCAACGAAUAAACCCAACAAGGUUGCAGUAGGAUUGGAUAAAGCUGUAAGUGUUGCAAAUAGAGCAUCCAGUUCUGACAAGGAGCUAAAGAAGUCCAAAGAGGGAUUUACAGCUUCUGGUAUUACUAAUGUGCGAGAUGGUAGUUCACCGCUUCUAAAGAAUAGAGCGGAGAUGCCUAUGAAGAGGACUGUGCCCGUUAGAAGUGGAACCAAUCUUGUUUCUGGUAAAACAUCUUCACUCAAGGGUGGAAAGAAGAAAAAAGUUGUUAAGAGAGUAGUGAAGAAAGUUGUAAACCAUAAUUUGACUUCAUCAAGUUCACAGCCAACAAAAACUUGUGAUGAACCUGUGAAAACUGAUAGCUUUGCCCAUAAUCCAAUUGAACCCAUUGACCCUGACAAGGCUGCUACCGUGGCUGACAUUGUUGAUUCACAGCCCUGUCUGAAUGAAGCUACAGUGAUCCCCGAGAAUGACAAGGUGGAGGGCUUUGAAAAGUUUAUGGAAACAGGGCAUGUUGGCACUGGUACAGAUUCUGGUAAUUUAUCUGUAUUUAAUAUCAAUGGAAAGAAGAGUUGCUCAGCUUCUCUCUUGGACUAUUCAAUUCAGGAAGAAACUAAAUUUGGUGAGUGCGUUGUAAAUGGUGAUUUUGCUAAAGGCUUGCAUGCUAUAGCAAAUACGGACAACAGUUUAACGAAAUCAAUAGGUGAAACUAUGAGCUCUGAUAUUGGUGGCGUUGAAGAUGUCAGCAAGCAGCCUUGUCAGAAUGGAGAUUCUUUCUUUCUUGAGAACGAUGCUGUGAGGGGAUCUUUCAAGGUUUUGGAUUAUAUUGAAGGCAACACUGAUAUUGGUUCAUUAAGUUCAGAGAAAAUGAUAAUCCAUGAGAGUCCUAUGAAUACUUGUAUGCCUACGAUGGGGUUAGAUACUGCUUUAAUGAACUCGCAAGAGAGAACUAUGGUCUCCGACAUGGGGACAUCUGAUAUUGGUUCCAAGGAGUCCUGUAGAAAUCAGGGUAGUCCAUUAGCUGGGAAUGGCAUCGCGGAUCUACUUCAGAGCGCUAGUUUCCCUGUAUUAAGCGACAGAAGUUUCUCUGUAUCUAUUUCAGGGGAAACAGGAAUUCAGAAUGCUGUCAUACUCGCCAAUCAGGGAGCGGGGUCUAUUUUGGGUUCUCCAAAUAGAUGUACUAAUUCAGAAGAAAUUAAUAUUUCCACCCAUGGAACUGGUGAUGAUAUUGGUGAGCAGCUAUCUCAAGAUGGGGUUACUAAAAUAUUGCAAGGUGUUUCCAUCGGCCGUUCUCUUGAUACCAAGGUUUCUACGGGUGGCAGUGAGGAGGAUGCAACUGACAUUAAAAAGAAUGAUAAAAACAUCGAAAUGCCUAAGGUAGAUUUGUCAAGGACAGAUUUAUCUGAUAUGCGUUUGGAGCCUGAAAAUUUGGUCACCAGUACCACUGCUCAUUGGGUGGACACAACCUUGAGGUUAUGUUUUGAAGAUAGUGCUGCAGCUGAAUGUACAUUUUCUGCUGCUCAAUUUGUGGAUGUUGGCGCACAAUCUUGUAGUAAUGCCGCCAGUGCUCUUCAUGAGGGCAGUUUAACAGAUGUUUCAGCAGUUAAGGUUUCUGCCAGGAGGAGUGCUGAUGUUGGUCCGAAUGGGGUUUCACCAAGGAUUGAAAAGAAUAGAAAGUCCUCUGCUCCUCAACUGGAAUUUUAUCCUCCAGUAGAAUUUGAUGCUGACAAGAGACCUAUAUUUGCAGGUAAUUCUACAUCAGGUAUGGAAGUGCCCUCAAAUGCUGGUGAUGGUCUAACACUGACAGAAGAGGAAGUCGUAGUGUCUGAUAUGGAUUCUCUGUGUACUUCUGAUAUGCUGCCUGGACAGAAGGGGGUCACUGCUUCGCUUGUAAAUGGUUCAGCAGGAGAGCAUUUAAGCACUGUGGCUUCAGUCAAAGAUGCAUUUGAAGAUGAUGGUCUAAUAGAUGUUCAAUCUGAUUUGGCUGUUGAGGAACUGGCAGUUACAGAAGUGACAUCCCAUAGUCAAGUUGUAUCAGGAGGGGAGGACGUCAUAAAUGCUACUCCAGUUAUGGUUGGUGGUAGCAAUCAAAAUGAUUCGAUGGACAUCGUUGUUGGCGAGGGAGACAAAAUGGACAUUGAUGCUGCAGAAGAGCAAACUGUUAUUUACAGUGGGAGUCCCCAGUGCCAAAUCCCUUCAAAAUCUCAAACUCAGGACUUGGAUGAAAAAUUGCUGGGUACAGACGUGGAGGAUGGCGAUUUUUAUGGUGUGAAGAAUGGUUCACCUUGUAUUUCAAACAAUCUAUCUUCAUUUGUAGAUGGUUCUGGAGUUUCUACUACCAAUUCUGGUGAUGAACUUAUGGAGUUUGUACCUGAGACACUGUCUGAUAGGGGUUGUCCAGAAACCUUGCCUGAUGUGGGGACAUCCCUCAGUCAAAAUUCAGUUGAAAAGCUUCAUGGGAAUGAUGAUAAAAUUCCAGCUGAUAGGCCUGCAAGUUAUGUUGGUUCUAACUCGUCUACGUGUACGACAAGUUCACAAAGUGGUAAAAUUGUUUUAAAAUUGGAUCAUGCAGUAGAAGUUGAUCAGUUGUUGACUGGGAAGACAGGGCAUUUGCUGUCACAGGAUUCCAAAAUUACAACUCAGAUGCAGAAUGCCAUGAGUUUAGAAUUACAUGGAAGGAAAAACCAGAAUAGUCGUGCUGUAUCUAAGAUUUAUCCAGGUCGCUCAUCUUUUGUUUUUACUGCUUCAAAGAGUACAGCUUCUUCAUCUCACAUCUCAAAAACUCGAACAUGGCAUCGAACUGAUAAUUCUUCUGAUUCUGCUCCACCAGCAAACAAGGCUUUCUCAAGCACUGUUCCUACCCAGAUGCAAUUUCCUAGAAAAGCCAAUAAGUCCCAGAGCACCUCUUACAUUCGCAAGGGUAACAGUCUUGUUAGAAAGCCUAUUUCAGUUGCUCAAUCCCCGGGUCCUCAUGGUUUGAGUUCUUCUGUAUCUCAGCUCAACUCUUCUGGUACUGACGAACCAAAGAAGAGUGCUGGCUCUGACACUAGAAAUGAUAUUGUGGAUCCGCUAAAUGUUGCGAGAAAAGGAGGUAUGAAUGCUUCUUUUGAGAGACCAAGAACACCACCUCUACCUAGUGUCCCAAAAAUACCAAAUCAGGCAACUAACCCUUUGGGGGUUUGUGUAUCUUCCCCAUUAGCUGAGCAUCUUCAUCCUCUUUCUACCGAAACUGCAACUGGCCCAGCAAAAUCUAUGGAAAGCAAUGAUGUUCAGAAGUGUUCUGAUGAUGUUUUGAAAAUUUCAGAAUCUCCAGUAACUCAAAAUAGCCAAAUUAAUAAAUUGGAAUGUCAUAGUGAUCUAAAUGAUGAUAAUAAGAUGGUUUUAGCAAAUUUCAAGAGCCUAACAUAUGUUAAGCGGAAAUCAAAUCAGUUGGUUGCAACUUCAAAUCCAUGUGUGUCUUCCGUACAAAAUGCCCAUAACAAAUCAUCAUCUGAUAGCUACUACAAGAGGAGGAAAAAUCAGCUAAUUAGGACUUCACUGGAAAGUCAGGUCAAGCAGACAACCAGCAUCCCUGAUGAAAGUUUGAAUUCUGAGGGACAAACUGCUCUUAACUCUUUUUUCAGCAGAAGUUUUAGUAAGAGACGACUGCGUAAAGGUGAAGUUACCCUGGCUGUUGCUGCAGCAGAGAGGAAGAAAAGAGAACAGAGAGGUGCUGUGCAUGUUGCCUCUCCGACAAAGAGUAGAAACAGUUCUUCUCGUAAGUUAGCUCAGUAUGGAGCUGCACUGAAUCUGCAGUGGUUCUGGUCUGCAGAUGUCUCCAUAGAGAACGCAUUUUCUGUAUUGGCUUAG